CCGGAGAUGAAGAUUGAGACUAACAUAAUUCUCCUGUUGGUCUGCAUAGUGGUUACUGGCUUUCUUGGGGUUUGCCAAGGAGGCAAUCUCAGGAAGAAUUUCUAUAAGACAACCUGUCCAUGCGCAGAGAAGACAAUCCAGGAUGUCACUUGGAAACAUGUUUCCAGCAAUCCCAACUUGCCGGCAAAGCUGCUGAGGAUGCAUUUCCACGACUGUUUUGUCAGGGGUUGCGAUGCAUCAAUUCUAUUGAACUCAACAGCAGAUAACACUGCAGAGAAGGAUUCACCACCAAACCAAAGCUUGUCUGGUUUCGAUGUUAUCGACGACAUUAAAGUAGAAGUUGAGAAGAAAUGCAAAGGAGUUGUAUCUUGUGCCGAUAUUCUGUCUUUGGCAGCUCGGGACUCUGUUUCAUUCCAAUUCCAAAAGCCAAUGUGGGAAGUGCUUACAGGUAGAAGAGAUGGCACCGUUUCACUCAUCGCAGAUGUCUUAUCCAACAUUCCAGCUCCUACCUUUAACUUCGACCAACUCAAGAACAGUUUUGCCCGUAAAAACCUUACCGUGCAUGACCUCGUCGUCUUAUCAGGUGGUCACACCAUUGGAAGGGGUCACUGCAUUGGUUUCACCAACAGGCUCUACAACUUCACUGGAAGAGGCGAUCAAGAUCCGUCUUUGAACCCAACCUAUGCCGAGAUCUUGAAGAAAAAAUGUCCGAGCCCCACAGACGUAAUAACAACAGUGGAAAUGGACCCAGGUAGCUCCCUGAAAUUUGACAGCAGUUACUACGAAAUCCUUCUGCAGAAUAAGGGUCUGUUCCAAUCCGACGCGGCGCUUGUGACUAUCAAGCGAGCCAGAAACACUAUCGAGGAGUUGGUUAGCCAAACAGAUUUCUUCACAGAAUUUGCACAGUCGAUGAAGAGGAUGGGAGCGAUCGAGGUCCUCACUGGCACCACCGGUGAGAUUAGGAAGCAAUGUGGGAAAGUGAAUUAA